AGGUUAGAUUAAGGUUAGGUUAGGUUUAAGGAAGGAUAUACGCGUUUUUCACGUAGCAAGUAGCAAAUGAAAAUUACAGCAAUUUCUAGCGUAUGUUUAUCGAAGUAGAAUGGCGAGCAUUGGACGUUCCGCUUUCUCUCAGGAUGGUCAAUAUUACGCGUAUUGCGGCAAUGACGGCAAGUUGAAGAUUUGGGAGACCGCGAGCGGCCGAUUGAAGCACGAGUACACUUCUAAUCGGCAUUUAUCGUCACCCUGUAGUGUCAUAGGAUGGAUCUCCGUGAACCCGCAAUCAACGCCGUCGGGCAACAUAUCGCCAUUGCCAAAGAAGAGACGCAGAAGAAAAUCAAUUUUGGAAGAGAUUGAUCGCAAAGCUGUCGUGGCAAUGGGUUUGAGCAAUGGAAAAGUCACUUUGUAUGAUGUAGUGACAGCAUCUGUCAGCACUACGUUAGAGAAUGGUCAUUCCUCCGCUAUCACAGCGAUUGCUUGGUCAACAGGCUCCGGAUUGAUUACAGCUGCUAACGAUUAUCAUAUAGUACAAUGGAAUAUUCAGGAGAAUGGGAUCAAAUGCAAAUGGAAGUCUGGCAAGGCAAAAGUUACAGCCCUAGCAAUUCUAACUAAUGGAAAAUGUUUGCUAUCUGCAGAAAGAAUAAUUAAAUGGUGGGAUUUGGCAACCAAACAAUUGAUUCGCACAUUUACUGGACAUGCCAAUCAUGUCAAUUUUCUUCAGCCUGUACAAGUAGACAACAUAGUCAGUUAUGUAAUUAGCAGUGGCUGUAUGGAUAAUCAUCUUUCUGUAUGGGCAUUGGAUAAAGUAAAUAAAAAUGAUAAAACACCGAUAGCAACCCUAGCCUUACAAGAUGAAGCUACAUCCAUCUCGAUACUUGUUGUGGAAGAAUUGCAAGUUGUCAUAUUGGUUACUACUCAAUCGGGUCAAGCACAGUUAUUUAAAUAUCAGCCAAAUGGUCAUAUCAAACCAUUAAAAUCAUGUCUUAAUAUUGCGGUAGCGGCAGAUGUCAGUCAGAAGGAGGCUAUUCAACAGAUCCCAAUUUUAGCAGGUCACUUAACUGAAGAUGAAAAACUGUUAUUGGUAUAUGGUAGUUAUCUAAACUUGACAUUCGAGAAAGUUAUGCCCGAUUUUUCGGACAAAGUGCAAUGUUUAAUCAGAUCAGAAAGAUUGGAUACAAAAAAAUCAAAAGAAAGAAAAGAAGAAACAAUUUCUAAAAUAAAACCUACUGCGAUAGAAGAAAAUGUUGAAUAUCUUGUACCAGGAGUAGGAGUUUCAGCACAAAAAAGAAAUAGGACUAUUUCAGGUUCUCAAUUACUUUUAAAAGAUAGAUUGGAAAAUCUUAGUUUAAAUGCAGACGUGAAUACUACAGGAAGGAUAUCAACGAAAGGUGCUAAUAUGACACAAUUACUGAUGCAAGCGUUAAAUAGUAAAGAUAAAACUAUUUUAACGACGGUGUUGUUUACAAAAAAUGAAACUGUAAUACGUAAUACCAUCACAAGAUUACCAGUGCAAGCAAUUACGCCAUUGCUCAAAGAAUUAACCAUUAUGUUGCAAGGCAAAACAUAUGCGAGUAAAAUUGCAGUUAUGUGGUUGCAAACUUUGAUAAUGAUUCAUGCAGCACACUUGAUGUCACGACCAGAUAUCACAGAGAUACUCAGCCCUAUUCUAAGUUUUGUCGACGCAAAAUUAACGCUUCUAACAGCUGUACAAAGAUUAAAAGGCAGAGUUUCUCUUAUAACAGGGCAAAUAUCUCAGGCUACUCAAGAAAGCAACAAAGAUAUUACAGAGAACAGCUUGCUUGUUUAUCAAGAUCCAGAUUCAUCGGAUGAAGGUGCUGAAAAAGAUGAUAUUGAUUUAAGUAGCGAAUCUGAUGACAAUUGGGAAGAGAUGUCAGAUGAAGAUGUUCAAGAUGAGCAAGGUGAAGAGGAUAACAGAAGCAUCAAAUUUGAAGACGAUGACGAUGUGAACGAUAAUGAUUCCAUACACAGCUGAAAUUAAUCGAGUUGUAAAAAUUGUAAUUAAUUACUACAAUGGAACCAUUCUUGAUGAAAGACGGAUGUAACAAAGAUGGUACUGUAUAAAGUAAUGCCUUUUUCUUGACACAUUUAUUUUCAUCAUUACGUGAGGACUUGGAAGAGAAAUUUGGAAGAAAAGCUAAAUAUGUCAUGCUUUAAUAAAACUGUCAUGAAAGAGCUAAUAUGUUUUUGUCGCUCGAUGAUCUUCCUUGUAUAUCCAAUAUUUUUCAAGAAAAAUAUAUCAAUUUAUGAUUAUAUAUGGCUAA